UAUUGAAAUUUAUCAUUAAAAAUUAGAUGUACUACUAUCACAGCAGAAUCAUAUAAUUUAACCGUCUUGUAGUUCUGUGAAAUUAUGUUAAAUUUGAACUACAGUUCACUAAACUAAGGUUAUGUUAUAGACGAAAGGUUGUCACGCUCUGAUAUGGAAGAUAGACGUAUCUCAGAAAAAUACAGAAAACCUAGGCGAGCAAAAGGCACACCUUUUUAUCAUCAACGGAAUUAUUUCGCCUUGUCAGUACUUGCAGCGGGAGGACUUUGUUGGUAUUUAUACGAAUUGACGCCGUAUGCAAAACGGUUGAAGCAAAGGAUCAGAGACGGCGAAUUCGAUAACCCAGAACAUCUGCAAAGGAGGAUAGAAGCAAUUCAAGCUUCCAGAAGUAAUAGUGCCUACGAGGACGUUCUAUUGAAAGCUAGAGAGAGACUUAUACAGAAAGAAGAUGAAGCAAAACCAAGGCCAUGGUACCACAAAUAUAUCAUUACCGACCCAGAUGUCUAAGACAAAAUCUAACUCAACUAGCUCCAAUAACAUUCAAACCAUUUCCAAAUUCUUCAAACAACAAUCAAAAGAAACAAUCUCAAGAAAUUCAGAUAUACAAUCACCAUACAACAGUGUAGUGAAAAGUGAAAUUAAAGGCUAUUUAAAUGACUCAACCAGUGAAGAAAGUGAUUUUAAAUCCCCAAAACGCACAAGAAACAGUACCAUUCAAAAAAAGGAAAAACCUAAACCUUCCAAAAGUAGAGGAAGAGGUAGACCAAGAUCAACUCAGACUAAAUUAACUAAAGGGGAAUCAUCAAAAUUGGAUCUUGAUGUAAAUUUGGAUCAUCUGCAAAUGGCAAUUGCAUUGUCCAGAUCAACAUAUGAGGCAGACAAUUCAAUUAACAAACAAGAUGAGAAAAAUAAUUCUUAUAAAUAUCACACUUUGGAACAAUUUAUGUUCAAAUGUGAAAAGAAACAACUGGCAGCACAAAAUAGGAGAAUUUUUGAAGUGCAACCCAAACGACGUAAACCUGGUAGAUUUAAAUAUGUGACACCAAUUCUUAAGAUGAGAACGCCAGAGGAUAGAGAAUCUUUAAUAUCUUCAAAAAUAGCAACAAUAUUAGCUCAAAAUACAUGUCCUACAUGUUCAAUGAAACAAGAGUAUAUUCUAAAAUCAAACCUAAGAGAGUAUGUAGCAAAAGAGUCUGUUAUAUUUAAAACUAAUAACAUAAUUUUGGAGCAUCAACAACCAGAAUUAUAUUAUGUUAAGGCGUUAAAUUUGGAAUAUUCUCAAGUAAAAUCUGGAUCAUUACUAAGAGACUGGACAAAAAUAGCUGGUAGAGAUCAGAGUCCUGAAAGAAACUAUAAUCCAAUCUCUAAAAUUGAUGCAAGUGCAAUGAUACACAGGAAAGAUAACAUAGAAAACUAUCAACCAUCUAAUCACAAUUCUCCAGAGACUAAUGACAUUCAUUUAACUGUUGCGAAUAUGGAGAUUAAUAAACUAAAUGAUUCUUUAGAAAUAAUAUUGCCAGAAAAUACGUUAUCCUUUAAAAACAAUUCUUGUAAUAGAAGCAUAUCAGAAAUAAUAUUGCCAGAAAAUACGUUAUCCGUUAAAAACAACUCUUGUAAUAGAAGCAUAUCACCAGAUUUAUUUGCUUCAGAUGAAGAAACAGAGGUUUUUAAUAAUCCAAUUAAUCUUUAUGCCUUUCCCGAAAAUAAAAUGAGAUCAUCUAAAGAAUCUAUUCCAACGACAUCUAAAUAUUUAGAUCAAAUUGAUUUAACUCUUUCAUCUGAUGAAGAAACUAAUAGUUGCGAAAAUGAUAAAGUAAAACAAAAAUCAAUUGCAGAAAUUACUGAAAUAAAACAAUUGUCACAAUCUUAUAAAGAAGUGGAGGUUGAUGAAGAAGAAAACAAGGCUGCUGUCAAAUAUAAUUGUUCAGAUCCUUCCAUGAAUUUACAUUUAAGUGAAAUAUCAGAUAAGGAAGAGAAAAAAGAAUUGGUACAUGACCUAACAUUAUCCUCAGAUGACGAAAUAAGUGAACAUAAGUUCAGUAAAAGACCUAGUAUUUCUCCCAUUACAAACUUUAAAAGUCAGAGCGGUAUUAUACACUUUGAAGGUUACUCCCAAAAUUUUAAAGCAACAAAUUAUUAUUCUUUGGAAUCUUCUGAUGAAGAGACAUCCUUUGCUAAAAUCAAAGAAAUAUGUACCCAAAAUGAGUACAUAAUUUCAAAUGACAUGGUAAAAUCAGAUGCAAAAGCAAAGAAGACCACACCGUCGCCGGAAAUUAUCUUAAAUAACGGCGAACACGAUUCUUCAGAAAAUAAAUCAAGUGGGCCAUUUUCGCCUGAGGCUGAUUCACCAAUACACAAAACGAGAACGACAAGUAUUUCAGAAGGAAACCAAUCUGAGAGACCUAGUAUUUCCCCCAUAACAAACUAUACAAGUCAGAGCGGCAUUAUUCACUUUGAAGGUUACUCUCAAAAUUUUAAAGUUACUUCAAAUUAUUAUUCUUUAGAAUCUUCUGACGAGGAGUCAUCUACUGCUAAGAUAAAAGAAGUAUGUACACAAUAUGAGUACACAGUUUCAAAUGAUUGUGGUGAUCAUAUGAAUACAGAGUUGGAAAUGCAAAAUUCCUCUUUAAAUGACAUGGUAAAAUCAGAUGGAGGAGCAAAUAAAACUAUACACUUGCCGGAAAUUAUCAUAAAUGACGACGAACACGAUUUUUCACAAAAUAAAUCAAGUGGAUCAUUUUCACCUGAGAUACAUUCACCAGUACAAAAAACAAUAACAAGAAUUUCAGAAGGAAACCAAUCAGAGAGCCAUGAAGUGUCUUUUCGCUAUAACACUACUAGUUCAUUAAAUGUUACUGAUUAUAUAACACAAAUGCUGAAUAGACAAGAUUCAUUUAAAAAUGAUCCGAUUCAGAAAUCGAUGGAUAAGGAACCCGAGAAAAGAUUAUCACUACAUCACAUUAAUGAAUCUAUAGAAUUAAAUAAUUCAAGAAACUCAUUUCUCGAUGCAGAAUCCCCCAAGCUUAUUGAAACAAUUAAAUAUCAUAAUGAAAUAGGAACGCCAAAAUCAACAGAGAUUAAACGUGCUCAAAGUUUGGAAAUAGGUAGUGAUACUGAUGAUUAUCCAUCUAAAUUCAGCUCUCAAGACUGUUUGAAUGACGACGAAUUGAAUUAUUCUUGCCAUUAUGCCACUCCAUACAUGGAAAAUUAUGAUAUAUUUGAGAACGGUUGUAACAAUGAUGAGAUGAUAAUAAAAAAUCAUCUUUCUACGCCUCAUAAUAAUUCUAACACACCUAGAUCUUCAAAAAGUAGAACACUUAAUUCAAUGAAAUCAUUGGCAACGGAAUUUUUGAACGAUUCUUUUGAUAAUGUAUUGGAAAGUGUAGAAAUUUGUAAUGAAAUUGUUAAGGAGCCUGGAGAAGUCGAACAACAAGCAGACUUUACAAGUACUCCCACAAAUGUGAUAAUUAAAAAUCAUAAUGUAACACCAAUGCUCGAUUAUGAUUCUAUGGAUACUCCAAAAAUUGUCAAAGAGUUGAAUAAAUUCGGUUUAAAACCUUUGAAACGACAAAGGGGCGUUAAAUUGUUGAAACAUAUAUAUGAAAAUACUCAUCCUUUCGCAGAUAAUGAAAGCGAUGAAGACGAUUUACCUGACAGUAAAAAGAGAAAAACCAACAAACUAAAAAUGGUAAAUGAAGAUAACCUUUAUCAAUCAAAUCAGCAAAAUUCCUGUAAAAGAACUGGUGACAUUGUGGGGAGCGAACAAAUGGAUGAUUUAAUAUUUGAACGAAAAUUCUCCGUAAGGAUAGCAUCUUGCCGAAUUCCUUUACAAAUUGUGUGGCAUAAUUUUUUGGCUGAAAAUCCAGAAAUUGAGAAAAAUAUUUUAGUGUAUGAGCCAGUUCAAUUAGAAGUUUUACACAAAAUGCUCAAAGAACAAGGUUUUAAAUUUCACAUACAAGAUUUAUUAACUUUUCUGGAUAAGAAAUGCAUCACAGUAAGGACAGCACAAGGAAGUCAAAAAGCAAAAAAGCAUUUUUAACUAAAAUUAGUUUCAAGAAAUUGAUAUUUUUAAUCCACAACAAUUAAAACUAUUGAAAUUAUACAAAAUAUGUUAAUAUAAUAAAUAUUUUAAAUACAUUA